UUACUAAGGAGGCUAAAAUGGCAAAUCCACUUAUAGUAGAGGUCCAAGAUGAGCUCACAUAUCUAUGGUUCACAGCUACAAUCCAGGAUAUUCAGGAAGGCAAGUUCGUAGUCAAGUACACAGACCCUUCGUUUGACUGUCAAGAAGAAGCAGUGCAAGAGGGAAGAGUCAGAUGGAACUCUGUUUUCAAAGGCAACUGAGAUAUUGACUACGAGGAGGACUCUUAUGUAGAAGUAAGACAUCGACCAUCUGAAGGUGAACCUCUUGGAUGGUGACUCGCCAAGAUCAUUCAUAAAAGAGGGAAUCUAUACUUUGUCCAUUAUGAGAAUUAUGAGAAUAUUUAUGAUGAGAUCGUCGUGCAAGAGCAAAUAAGGCCUGUUAAUGACAGAGGGUGUAUUGAAAUUGAUGAGUUGAAGAGAGGAGCAUUGAAAGUGCCGGGUCCGAUACUUUCAUGGGCCACUACUGAUGAUUGUGUUGAGAAACUGAAUAAUGUCAUAGCAAAAACUGGAAUCUACAAUGCGUCUUUCAGACCUGAGGAUGCAGAGAUAGUGUUUAUUGGAGAGAAGAAACCUGUAGAUAGAGCAAUUGUGCUGAUAUCCUUUGUCAUAGAUCAUCAAAAAGAUUUAGCUCAGAUUGAUAUUAAUCACAACAACAUUGCGAAGAGCAUCGAAAACAAAAAGGCCAUGAUCAAGAAUCAAGCAGUUGAAGAAGUUCUAGUCCCAAGAGACGUCCUUGGUAUUAUAAUUGGGAAAGCGGGAGCUAAUUUAAACUUCAUUAAACAAGAAUACAAAGUAAACAUUCAAAUUAUUGAAGCAGAUGCUGAAGAUGUUCAUGAUUACACAGACACAAUUAUCCCUGAAAAUAAAGCUCUGAUUAGAAUAUUCGGGAACAACAGGAACUGGGUAGCUGAGGCUAAAUCAUACAUCUGUAUUAACAAAAAUACUUAUCCAAUUGAGAAAGAUAAGAUUGAUUACUUCAGAGGCUACAAAAACUCAAUUCUCAAUGACAUGAAGGAAAGAUCAGGUUGCGUAAAAAUCUUCGUCCAUGAUCCUAUUAAAGGAAGCAACGAAGGAGAGAUUGAAGCUAUCGGAAAUGAAGAAUCCCUUGAAAAUCUCAGACUGCUUAUUGAAACACACAUGGAUUAUUAUGAUACUUAUCAAGAUAAAGAAUCUGAAAAUGUAGAGCUGAUAACACAAAAAAGCAAGUAUAAUUCAUACGGCAAGAACUUCUACACUAACGACGACCAGAAAGGAGCUGGAGGAAACAAGAGAAAACCCAAGAGAGGGAGGAACUAA